ACACCAUGUAGCCCCAAGCACCCUCCCCGCCCCGCGCAACCUGGAAGCCAUCAGUCUGUCUGCUGGGGCACGAUGGCGGAUCUUGUCCCAUGGACAAGAUCGAGCUCGGCCCAGGACGGUUGGGGUUGAUGCCACCCGGACCACCUGACAUUUGAUCAAGGCACCGAACAGGCGACUUCCACCUCUGCUGCAGCUCCUUGGGUCUUUCGCCUCCCCGUUCCGUCCAGCUAGCAUAACCCCGUCCGGCCCCAGGCACGGCUGGUGCAGCUCAGCGGCUGGACGGGGACGAAGCUGCAUGAAGCUCAGCAAGCUCAUCGGACAUGCAGCUGGUAGCUCGGCUUCGAGACCUGUCUUUGUUCUGGCCUCUCUCCAUUAGGGCUGCUUGGGGUUUCCCCGCAGCUGUCGGAUCUAUGCCCGCUCAGAAUCAGGAUUCCUUGACCACGACCACAACCAAAACCCUAUACCCCGCUAUCCCAUCCAUCGGCUUAUAGCGAUUGCCUGACAGUAACAGACAGACAGACUCCUUUGCUUCUUCCCACCUACCAAUUCAAGUUCCCGCAAAACGCAACAAAGGAAUGCGCCUACUUCCAGGGCGGGGGUGAGAGACAGACCAAACGCGGUCACACAACAUUCCCGUAGCGAGCCGUGAACCGAAGAGACCGUUUUUCGAGAAGCCACACCACCACACAGCCCACCCCACAAACCGCCAACUUGGGAUCACAAAGCGUUCAACCGCGGCCAGGACAACCCGUACCUGGUGCCUGCCCAACGAAGAUAGGCUAGCCGGAGGUUAUCUCCGCACCGGCUCCAGUCUUCCUUCCAGAGCAAGAAGCCCUGUCGAGCUUUAUCAACCUUGUUUUGUUUGAGGACUUCAAAAAUCAAACCCGAACUCUGCUGCAGAGAUCGAGUUCCCCUUAUUUUCAUUAACAACCACUUGGUAUUUCGUUAACGACCACUUGGUAUUUCAUUAUCAACCACUUGGUUGUAGCUGGCAGUCCAUUGCAUUGUGGGUGAAUCCAGCAGACCAUCACAGCAGCGAGAUGGAUGAGCCCACCCACUACUUUGAUCAAUGCCUGGACGAGUUAGAAGAGAGGCCUGCCUAUCAAACACCAGACCACAACGUCGGUGAGCAACCCAUGGAGCUCAACUUUGCAUCAUACGACGACAAGCUAGGCUUCGGGCCCUCUCCAUCCCAAGAUGACCCCCAUCCAGAUAUCGACCUGGGCGGUCCAUCAUUCGACUGGCCAGUCGGCACCACCAUGGAUCCCAACGCUGGUCAAAAACUCUUCGUCGACCCAGGUCUCUACCAUCCAGACCCCGACGGCGAAGACAUCAAAGCCGACAUGCAGAUUCUCUCCAUGGAGAUGUCCCGCCCAUCCACCCAACGAAGCUCAUCCAGCAAAUCGCAGUCGAACCGAGCCUCCAAGUCGGGGAGCACUUCCACCGACAUCACCCUCCCAGAAGACGCCCUUCAAAGUCAUGCACCAAAUAAGAAGCGAAAGACUCGAAAAAAUAAGAAGGAGGCCAAUAUGGAGCAAGACGAACACAAACGCAACAAGUUUCUCGAACGGAACCGCAUCGCGGCUAGCAAGUGCCGAGAAAAGAAAAAGGUCUUUGUCUCGGAACUCGAAGAGGCCAAGGUUGGGCUUGAAACCCAGCAUGCGGCCCUCCAGAUGGAAUUCAAUGGCUUGGUACACGAGGUCGGCCAGCUAAAGCAUCACUUGCUGACACACUCCAAAUGCAACGAUCCGAACAUUGACCGGUGGCUGAACAACGAGGCGCGGAGGUAUGUGCAGACCAGCAACGAGUUAUUCGGAGCCGGGUUCACCUUCGGGCAGCCAACAACAGGGGUGAGCCAACCUCCGGUUCUGACACCGGCAUCACCACGGAGCAGGAAUCCGAGCAUCGCUUCGAGUCAGUACCAACUCCAGGCGGGGAUGACAGGGUUUGAGGGAUUGACGGGAGGGCCGGGGAGCACGUCGGGGAGUGACCGGCAGGGGAGCAUUGCUUAUCCUCCUGGUCCGGCUGCUCUGUAUGCGUCCCCGACCGAUACUGCGUUUCCGGUUUCGUAUUUGGAUGACCCGGCGACCGGUGCGGGCCAUGUUCAUUUGAAUGGUGGGGGAUUGCUUAAGAGGGAGUCGCCGACGGGGUUCAAUUAUGAUCAUAUGCCGGACUCGAUGUUUAGUCCUGGGGUGGAGGAUGGGGGGGAGGGUUUUGGGGCGUGAUGAGAGGGGUGAAGGAGUGGUUGAGUUGAAGAAGGAAGCGAAAUAUCGUUUUUGAAAGAAGAAGGAUGCUGGUGUCCACGAGGGUAUGGACAAGAUGACAAUCAUCGACCCCUGAAGCUGGGCGUUUGUUGUUGACUGGUUGAUGUGUCGUCCAUACACAAACCUUGGUGGCCCAGAGGUCGGGUACUGCUUCCGAUGAGCAGAAGCAUCGUCUCUUCCAAGAGUUGGGAAAGAACCCACAACAAGAAGAUUUUUUUUUAAAAAAAAAAACAAUAAGGGGAUACUGAGGAACACUCUAGCGACCCACAAAGUCUAAUAAUACAGAGGAGGAAAGGAAAGAGAAAGAAAGCAUAUGUUCAUACCGGAAGUUUUAUAUGUUUUUGCUGGGGUCGUUGGAGUUUGACGUUACUUUUGGGUGGAUCAUGAUGGUUAUGGAAGGAAAAUGAUAUUUUUUGGGAGUGUUGAAUAAUCCGUUCGUUCGUUGUGUCGUGUGUUGCCUGCCUGGCCCCUUGUUCGUCGGGAUUAAAUACGUCAUAUGGUGUUGCCGAUCAGGGGGGGUUUGAUUCAUGGGGACGUGAUUGGGGUUGCUUGGGUUGUAUGAGAAGCUGCUACUUGGGGGUGUGUGAUAGUUGAGCAAAGUAGAAUAAUUGAAGAAGG